CCCAACAAUCAGUGGUAAACACGGGUCAGCUGUUGCUUCUGUUGCUAUUGUUUUAGAAAGUUUAUUAUUAAAAACAAUUUACUUUAUCUCUCGUAAAUUCACCCUGCUGUGUUCAUUCGCAUUUAGUUUGGCGUUCCAACAACUGAGUAGUUACGCCUACAACGAUAAAACUCGGACAUUGCCAACAAGCAGCAGCUGGUGGAGUCUCGCAGUAUCUCAAUCCACUUCGUCGCGCUUGGAAGUCAGUGGAAACUGCGCUGCAUUCUGGCGAAUGAAUUGCUAAUUCCAUUAUCUGCGGUAGUCGUCAUUCCGACUGCCAAUUUCUGAGAGAUAUUGCCAGCAGACUAAGAAACGAACGGGUGAAGGGUGGAAAAUUAUGCCUCGCAACGACACGGAAGCCCUGGUGGAGGAGGAAGCUGGCGAAGAUGCGGCGCCACGCAUUCUGGAUGCCACCUCGUUGCCGGUGAGCAAUGUGGACCUAACCCCGCCUCCUGCCCCGCAUGACCUCAACAGCUAUCGCUGGUUCAUCCUGGAACCCGCAGUUUUCCUUAUAUUCUUCGCUAGAUAUUUAAUUGGGGCGGUUUAUCAGAAUCAGAUCCUCUACCAGACCUGCGUCACCAUCAUGAAAUUCAAUGCCACAGAAUGCGAGCCGUUGCUGGGCAUCGAUCGCGGAUCGGAGGCGGAUAAAAAAAUCGAAAUCGUAGUACAAACCUAUUCGGCCAACAUUAUGAUGACAACCUCCUUGUUGGAGAGCAUAAUACCAGCCUUUGCGAGUCUAUUUCUGGGUCCCUGGUCAGACAAGUUUGGCAGGCGUCCCAUCCUUUUAACGACGUUCACUGGUUACCUCACUGGUGCCAUAAUACUGAUAGUCAUUACAAGAAUAACCAUGUCCACAAAUAUCAGCCCGUGGUGGUUCCUUCUUUCCUCAGUGCCUUCAGUUCUAAGCGGCGGAACUUGUGCCUUAAUCACGGGAAUCUACUGCUACAUUUCGGAUGUGGCCAAGGAACGGAAAAGAGCUUUGAGAAUGGUACUCAAUGAGGCUUCCCUCUGUACUGGCAUGAUGGUAGGCAAUGUGGCCAGUGGUUAUAUUUAUGCCGCCACGAAUGCUUUGACUCUCUUUGCCAUAGCGGGCUUCCUAAUGACGCUAGCCUUGAUGUUUGUCUUCUGCUUUGUGCCUGAGAGCUUGAAUCCUGCAGAUAUACACACAGGAUCACGAUUGCGAGAGUUCUUCCGUUUCGACUUGGUCAAGGAUCUGGUUCGCACCUGUUUCCAAAGGAGGCCCAACUAUGAUCGUGCCAUUAUUUGGCUGACUAUGGUUGCCCUGACCAUAGCCAUUUUCGAUAUGGAGGGCGAGGGUACUGUAAAUUAUAUGUUUAUGCAGGAGAAGUUUAAUUGGACCAUUAAGGACUACAGCCUAUUUAACGCCGCCCGCAUUGUGAUUCAAAUCGUGGGCAGCAUAGUCGGUAUGGUGGUGCUGCGCCGUGUGCUGAAACUAUCCAUCGUUACCAUGGCAAUGCUAUCCCUCGCCUGUUGUGUUCUGGAAAGCACGGUGCGAGCCACGGCCGUCUACUGGCAGGAGAUGUACUUGGGCAUGACGCUGGGCAUGAUGCGCGGUGUCAUGGGACCCAUGUGUCGUGCAAUUCUCUCCCACGUGGCGCCCAGCACGGAAGUUGGCAAGAUAUUUGCUCUAACCACAUCGAUGGAAUCAGUGUCGCCGCUGGGAGCGGCUCCCCUCUACACAACCGUCUACAAGGCCACCGUGGAGUCUUAUCCCGGAGCUUUCAAUUUCAUCAGUGCCGGUCUCUACUUUGUUUGCUAUAUUCUGAUUGCCGUGAUUUUCGGCAUCCAGAAAUCGAUGGGCAGCAGCAGCACUUAUCAGGCCAUUGGCAGUUAACCUGAAUGACUACCUUAGCUGAAUGUAUCUCAUAGAUUGAAUUCCCUUCUGCACGUGCAGAACUAUUUUUGUAUAUGAACCCCUCGUUUUUGUGCAAGUAUUAAUGUAUAAUGUAUAAUGUACAAUGAUUUUAUCUGUGUUUUGCAUGUGCAAGCAUGGUAAAGUUAGAAAAUAUAAAUCGUCUGUUUGCAGGAGUGUGACAAUAAACUAUAACGACGCCAAAUA